CUGCGUCACAGCCUGAGAUUGGAGCUCACCUGUCUAACCUGUUCCCCUCAGGUAGAGCCGAGCGCGCGCCGCUCUGCGUGUUACUGGGUGUUUGGUGGCGCUUCUUCGUUUUUCCUUCGUCCACGCCGUUUUCUGCCGAAUGACGUCAUCGCUAUGCUGCUCUCUCCCGAUACUGAUUUAGCGAUUUCUUUGGAAACGGGCUAGACAGACAGACAGACAGACAGACAGACAGACAGGCAGCCCGGAUUAUCCCUGUCGCCGCUUUCCUCCUCGAGCUCCGCUGUCGGAGUGCUGAGUUAUGGGGUUGGGGGGGUUCGUGCUGGUUCUACUGGCUGGAGCUCUGGCGUCUUCAGAAUUGCUGGAGAAACAUCAGCUCAGACAGACGCUCACCUGCUCUCAGGGUUUGGACGAAUGCACAGCGGAUGAGUCAUUUCGGGUGGAGCCGCUUGACUCCGGCCCUGUGGAAGUGACCGGUUUGGGUGUGAAAGCUGCUCUGUGCUGCAGAAAUAACCAGAAAUGCAAGGCAUGUCUUCUGAUCUCAGUCCGGCUCAGGAUUCUGGAAAAUGAGGAAAUCAGUGGAGGACAAUUGGGAGAAGAUGCAGAUGAGGACAAGGACGAUGCAGCUGCUGUAACCGUGUGCUACUAUUCUGGCCCCAGUCUUCCUCGCUACAAGGUGAUUUCCUUCAGAGUGACGCCUGCUGCACGCAAGAGCCGGGAACAUGAGCUGACGGUGGUGGAGGACAAGGGUGUGUACCUGGGCAGCUCUGUGAACGUGAGGGUCCGCUCCUUCAACCGCUCAGCCACGUUCCCCCUGCAGAGAAAAGUGUGUCCGUCUGCAGAGGUAGAAGAAUGUGAAAAAUGCAGAACUCCCAGAGUCGUUGCAGUGACUGACGAGCAGAGAGGUGUGGUUAAUCUGACGGUGGCUGACGAGGAUACGGGUCAGCUCCAGCUGCUGCAGAUGUGCGUGAAGCGAGGAGAGCAGGGACUGUGUCUGCAAUCCUCGUCAUCCGUUCCGCUGCACGCCGUCACCCCCUGCAUGUGCUUUGAGGUUUGGAUGGAAGGAUCAACAUGUCGUUCUAAACUUUGUCCUUUCAGCGAAAAGGAAGAGUUCAGAGGGAACGUGCUGAGGAACACGUCCCUCUCAGUAGUUCACUCUAAGACCAAUGAAGGGCGUCCGGCCUUGAGCUGGAACCUGGCCGCCCCCUGCAGGCUGGAGGCCGAAGUGUGGCCGUGCCGAAUGGACGCCGGGUCAGGGCAGGGCUGCGGUGAGGUGCUAGGGUUCAGAGUCAAGCGUAACGAGAGCUCUCAGUGGUGGGAGAACAACGCCACACUGUGGACAUCCGGGUCGUUUGUGGACAUCGGCUCUAAGGACCGCUUCCUGCACUGUGUGAUGUUUGAGGUGGAUGGAAAAAUAUUUGGCCCCCUGUGUCAACACGACACCCACAGGCAGCGCUGGAGUGUCCCUGUGCUCGCGAUGCUGCUGUUUCUCAGCCUGGUUGGGGUCGCGGUGUGUUUCCUAAGGAGCCGACUCAGAGGCUGCAUCUCAGACUGGGAAAGAUCUCACUGCUCUGCAGAAGCUCGUGGUGAGGUGUUGCUCCUGCAUGCGUCUGGUGCUGAUGUGCUCGAGGCUGGUCUGGUGUGCCAGUUGGGGACGGAGUUAUCUGAGCUGGGUUUCGGGGUGUCGCUGGACCUGUGGAGUCAGGCCGAGCUGAGCUCUCUGGGUCCGGGACCGUGGCUUCACUCGAAACUCGGCCUGCUGCAGAGACGCAGAGGUAAAGCCCUGCUGGUGCUAUCCGGCUCCGCCCUGGACACAGCUCAGGCCUGCUGGGACAGCUGGAUAGGGGAAAAGAAAGGAGGACCAGAAGGGGCGAAGAAGGACCAGACAGCAUGGUGCAAACCCACGCCGUGCUUUUCAGACGUCUUCGGUUCUGCCCUCAGCUGCAUUUUCUCUGCCCACCUGAAGGGCGGCACCGCUGAGCGCUUCGUUCUGGUGCACUUUGACUCUCAGAAACUCAUAAAUGGAGGAAGAGCCAUGCCGAUGCUGUUCCAGGGCCUAGAGCUCUACAGUCUGCCCUCAGAGAGUCGUCAGCUGCUGGCGGAGCUCUGCCCAGAGCAGCCGGAGAGCUUUAGCAUGCGGAUAAAGAAGCUGCUCUGGCUCAGGAGGGCCUCCAGGCAUCUGACAAAGGGGCUGAAGAAUUCUGGGAAAAGACUGUGGCCACAGGCACAAUCUGUGCUGACGCAGGUGGAGAUUCUGGAGGAGGAGACGCUCCCUCUGCAUAUGUAACUUUACCUCAAAGAGCGUAGCCUGGAUAACAUUAGCAGACCUGUGUUCUACAGUGUGGUCUGGAUUAGGGAUGGGCAUUUUAACCACACUCUCAAUUCAAAUAGCCACAUGUUAAAAAAGAACAGUAUUUAAAUAUCCCAACCAAAAAGUAUUGCAUGUUGUAUUAAAUAAAAAUACAGAAAGAAAGAAGGUUUAUCAUUUGUUUCCUGUGUGUAGCUUAAGAGGAUAUUUGUAUCUCUUUAACAUAUAAAACUCUCGAUUUUAGCGUCUUUUAGUGCAGAUUUAGCGUCUUUUACUACAAAACACGGUUUAUCAUCAUAAGAAUGUGGCUUCCUUUCCACUGUAGGGCUAAAAGGUUCCCGUGGCCGUCCAUUCCAUCCAGAUGGAUCAGAAAAACUGCUCACAGUAGCGAUUCAGCUAAUAGGCUAACACCAUAGUGAACAUUCGAUUUCGGCUCUCAUCCCAACGCCAGUCACUCGACUUGCCUCUCUCAGACUUUUGUUGUCUAAGCUUGUAGCAGCAGAGAGAACCGAGCCUGUACUGUGGUGUGUCCGGCACGCUUAGCCUGCUAACUAAGGUAUUGUUAGCUUAGCUGACACGCUACGGCUCCAAACUCCACAGAACAGGUUCGAGUUGGGCUUUCGGUCACUCAUCAUCGGUUUCUCCACCCUUCUCCCUCAGAUCUGUGUCAUUGGCAUGUUAGUUGUGUCAGUGGUGCUUCAGUUAGACAGAAUUGAGCCUUUUCUGUGCUGAGCAGAGGAUUAAGCAGGCUAGAUAAGCUCAGGCAAAGCAGCUUCUCUUUCACACUUAGCAAUGGUCGUGAGAUUGGUGGUUUGGCAUUUACAGGAUGGUCUGAAAAUCGUGAGCUGCAUUAAUUUACUUUUAUUUAAGCAAAUUGAACUUCAUAUUUGACUGGUUUUGAAAUAAUCCAUGAUAACCGUCACAAAAUCAAUGUGAACAUAGAACCAGUCGUGAAUAUCCGCGUCCUUAAAGUUAUUCCGCGCAGUCAGCUUAAACCGUUCAGGUCUACAGUGGAAAAGAGGCCAUUCUCUGCAUUUCCACAUUGCACACCCAGUCGAAACGUAUUUAAAUCUUACAAGAGCCUUAUUUGUCUCUGUGUACCAAACUGUGUAAACCAGUACUAAAGUACAUUUGGAUAAAUUUGAAUAAUGGUGCCCAUCCCUGGUCUGUAUCUGGCACAAGUUUGCUGUAGAAACUAAAUGAAGUCUGACUCACUAUGUGCACCACAUAUGAAGGAAGAACGCAGCCGCUCACAGGUCUGUGAUUCAUUUUUCACUGGAUAGAACGGAUUGACUGAUAUUACUGUAUCUGAACCGCUCUAUCCUUCCCAGAUUCCAGCUCAGUGACACUGUCUGUCCAGGUGCUUUGUUUACCUGAAAAUCGCGGCUGGUGAUCCGCUCAAACACGUCCAGUCAGAAACUAAUGGUUCAUACCGUCUGGUUUACAGCCACCAGCACUGACGUCCAGAGCCAGGUUUGCUUUGGGUGAAACCGGAAAAAAGGUGGAUUUAACACUGAAAUGAAGAUUCUGCCUUGAUAGUAAUACGUCCAGGUCUCUGUCCACCAAUUUUGGGCCACAUCCAUGCAGUUAUUUGGAUAAUACGAAGGAAAUAAUGGGCUUUGGUUUGAAUUUCUCCCAAAGUGGAGAACUUAAGUUUAGGCUUUUGUGGUGCGUUGAGCCAAAAUGAUACUCCGGACGAAUGAGCCCUUAAUGAGCUGAAUCAGGUGUUGUAGCAGCAAAAUUACUAAACAGGGUUUCCAUAGCACUGGGACCACCACAGGUCUGUAAGUACUACUACUAGUUGUGGUAACUGGUGGCUUCAGUAACCUGAUUGCAGGGUCAAAUGCAGGAACACAAGCACUUUUUUCUGAGAGAUGGAAUGCUUUAAUUUCAGUGUCAUGUAUAUAUUACAUAAAUAUGUGUUGUCUUUAAUAUAUUGUCCAUUUGUAUAAACAAAGUUGCGUGGUACACUGGAUUGUUCAGCAGGAAUUUGUGUAUAUGUAAUUUUAAAAUGUUAAUGUUUUAAUGGCUUUAUUUUCUACCAAAGGUUACCUCAGGUUUCUUUAAUAAACACGUAAUUAAUGAA